UCCUUCUAUUUUCUUACAACUAAUUUCCCCAAGAUGAGAAAUAACCCAUCAACAUCCCGUCGCUCCACCACCAAGCAUGGAAAAAGAACUCAUCCACAACAACCCCUAGAAUCCAACUUUGAGCAAUCGCUAAAACUCUAUGGUUCUACCUCAAAGAGAAGAAAAAGAACCUAUCCCGAACAGCCCUUCCAAUCCAACUUCGAGCGGCUACCAACCGAUAUUCUCAAAUCCAUCUUCACCCGACUUUCUUUUGCGGAUCUCAUUCGAGUAACAGCCGUUUCUUCUUUCUUGAAAUCCUCUGUGGAAGCUUUCGAUGACUUUUCUCGCUUCCUCAAAUCCCCUUGGUUCAUAUUUCCUCCGAACGAAGGCGAGCGCGGCUCUUGUCUCAUCCUGAACGUUGAAGAAAACAAUUUCUACCGUUUGAAGAAGAGAACAUCGGACGUCUUUUCCAAGUUCCCUCUCACUGGAUCAUCACAGAGCCUUUCUUCAAAAUUUUCCGAAAUCGAGGAGCUCGAUCCAGGACACUAUACAGUUAUCUUCACAAAUAAAUGGACAGCAAGAAAAGCAGACUAUCAGAUACGACAAUGUUUGGUCAAGACAGCUCUUCUGACGGCCGAUCCUACCCACAGCAAGGAUUUUGGUGUGGCUUUAAUAUCCGAUGACGAAAAGAGGCUUGGAUACUAUAGGAAUGGCAGCCAUACUUGGUGGACUGAACUUACUGCUGGUACGUAUACAAACGUUCUCUGUAGUAAAAGCAAACUCUACGCACUGUGUUUUCUUGGUUCCACAACUAUCGUUGAUUCUUGGGAAUUUAAUGGUAAUUGUCAUGGACUUCAUUUCAAAAAAAGAACACCACUGUCCUUUCCUCCGAAGAUAUCUAGAGUUUUCUUAGUUGGAUCAGAAGGUGAUAUUUUGCUUGCUGGUUGCGAGUAUUCUGCAGAAACAUUAUUUCGCGUAUUCAAGUUAGAUUUCGAAAGGAGGAAAUGGGUGGAGGUGAAUUCCUUCGGCGAUCGAUCAAUAUUUUAUCUUAGUAGAAAUCAAUCUAUUUUGGUAUCCACGAAAGAUCUACAAGCUUGUAGAGGAAACUCGAUUUACUUCAUUACAUGGUCGCUUAAGGGGUGCAUUAUUAUCAAAAUGUACGAGUUGAGAGAUGGAAAUAAGUCCUCUGUUAGAUUUGAGUCGAAGAACAUGCGGCUUGAGAAUUCACCAUGGUGGAUUGUUGUUCCAAGCUCCUCCCAAUCCAAUGCAUGAGUACAUUUCUGGCUACAUGAUGAUUUAUACAAUUAAUUAGAUAUUUUAGU